CUCUGCCUGUCAUCUGUGUGAUGGCGCAGAACGGCCCGCUGAAGCCGCAUCAAGAGCGAGAUGGGAAGGAGCAGCUACCGAGGCGCUCAGACAUUCCUUCCACUUCAGCUAGAGCCCCCCGGGCACGACUUGACUCCCUCAAAAAGAACAGACCGCCCUUUCCUUGGUUUGGCUUGGAUAUUGGUGGAACGCUGGUCAAACUUGUCUAUUUUGAACCCAGAGAUAUCACUGCGGAAGAGGAACAAGAGGAAGUGGAAAGCCUAAAGAACAUCCGAAAAUACUUGACCUCUAAUGUUGCCUAUGGACAAACUGGCAUUCGUGAUGUUCACCUGGAACUUAAAGACCUCACAAUGUGUGGCCGCAAGGGCAACCUGCACUUUAUUCGAUUUCCUACACAGGAUAUGCCAGUCUUUCUACAGAUGGCACGCGACAAGCAGUUCUCAAGCCUUCACACAUCUUUAUGUGCCACUGGUGGAGGAGCGUACAAGUUUGAAGAAGACUUUCUAACAGUGUCAGGUCUGCAACUGUGUAAACUGGAUGAAUUAGAUUGCCUUAUCAAAGGGGUUCUGUUCGUUGACUCUGUCGGUUUUAAUGGUCAGUCACAGUGCUUUUAUCUAGAAAACCCUAAAGAUCCUGAAAGAUGUCAGAAAAUUCCAUACAAUUUAGAGAACCCUUACCCCCUUCUUCUGGUUAAUAUUGGUUCAGGAGUCAGCAUCCUUGCUGUAUAUUCCAAAGAGGACUAUAAACGGGUGACUGGGACCAGUUUAGGAGGUGGAACGUUUUUUGGACUUUGUUGCCUCCUUACUGGGUGCUCAACAUUUGAAGAAGCUCUUGAAAUGGCUUCACAAGGUGACAGCACAAAGGUGGAUAAACUAGUGCGUGAUAUCUAUGGAGGAGAUUAUGAACGGUUUAGCUUGCCCGGUUAUGCAGUAGCAUCAAGUUUUGGAAACAUGAUGAGUAAAGAGAAAAGAGAUUCCGUUAGUAAAGAAGAUUUAGCUAGAGCAACCUUAAUAACUAUUACAAACAAUAUUGGUUCCAUAGCACGGAUGUGUGCUCUCAAUGAGAACAUCAGUCGGGUUGUAUUUGUGGGCAAUUUUCUCCGUAUUAACACGGUCUCCAUGAAGUUGUUGGCGUACGCACUGGACUAUUGGUCUAAAGGCCAGCUGAAGGCUCUCUUCCUAGAACAUGAGGGCUACUUUGGAGCAGUGGGUGCACUCUUGGAACUUCUGACAAAUACCUAAUGCAAUCACAGUUACUAUCAAUGUCUCUGAAGCUGUAAAAGGAAAAACUGUUGUACAGCCUAAUAUGCACUAAAUCAGGGCUUUACAAAUCCUUGGAGCCAGGGCAACCACGAUUUUCAACCAUGUUCCUAAAUGGAAAAUAUUUCUGUUUAAAGUCAUUCCCUGGCUGCCAACAGAUUGUAUAAUUUGUCUCUUCGUUAUUCCUCCGACUCCUAGAUGUAACAUUUGUCAACCUCUACACUAAUUAAUCAGGCAUGUCUAGUUAUUUUAUACAUCAAAGAUGUAAAUAUUUGUCUGUGCAAAACAAUUCUGAUAUAUGGUCUGUUUGAUUAUACCACAUGUUCUAUACAUCUUAUUUGUCUGGAUUUUCAAUUAGCUACAAGUCAUUUUAUUUGUUUGUUUUCUAUUUCACUUUUCUCAGAGACCAAAUAAAAGCAAAACUACUGUUGCAAGUGAUAAUAAAACAUGAUCUAGAAAUGAUACUGUUAGUAACUGGCUGAGGUGCCAUUUCUGUAUCACAAAGUAUUUAUUCUGUCAUUUAGGCCAACUGACUGAUACUGUGCCACCUUAUUUAGAGGUCAUAUUUCAUUCUUGCAAUUGUAAACUUUUUCUGUGCCUUUUUCCCCUAAGGAUUUUAUUCUCCAUUUCAUAUCUUUGGUCUCUGCAAACUCUUAUCAAGGCAAGAUGAGUAUUUUAUGUGUUUUGCUCCAAAUUCUCUUUAAUUUCUUGUUUACCAUUUAUUUUCUUUAUUUCACUGUGAUAAAUUAACUGACUGCUAGUUACCUGCCCUAGUGCAUUCGAUUGUACAAUAACAGAUGUGAUCUUUCAGUAAUGUGUGUUAUAUAUAUAUAUAUAUAUAUAUAUAUAUAUAU